GUCAGUUCCUAUACAGCAGCCACGAGACGAAAAUGAUUUUGAGGAAAGAUUUUAAUUUCGUUAAAUUGUUCCUGCUAAUUUCUCUCCUGUCAUGCUGUCAAGGACAAGCUUAUGAGAAAAAGGAUUGUUUCGACGAGUUCGACGGUUCCUAUUUGGAGCAAUUGGCUGUCAUAGAUAGACUGGAGACAGAUGCUGAAAGCUGUAAAGCAUCGUGCUUGACUGCUGAUGUUAGAUGCAAGUCAGUUCAGUAUGAUAAAACCAAUCAAAUAUGCUCUCUAUCUCUCGAAACUAAAGAUACUAAACCAGAAUAUUAUAAGAAAAAUCAUUACUUUGUCUAUUGGCAAAAAAGAGCAGAAUGCGAUUUAGAUUGCCAUUUAAAACCCCACGAAAAUGCAAUUCUUAUUGGCUUGGAUAAUAAAGUAUUGACGAGACUUUCAAUGUUGGAAUGUCUAGAAGCUUGCUUAUUAUGGGAUCAAUUCCGUUGCAGAUCUGUAGAUUAUGGAAUCAAAUCUAGAAUGUGCUACUUGAGUAUUGAGACAAGAUACACUAAACCUUCAAGAUUUAAAGUAGACAAUCUAGAUACGUGGCAUUUUGAGAGAAAAUGCUCAACGUACUCUUGCUUUCAAACAUUUGAUAAUAAAUUUCUGAAUUAUGAGAGUAUGUCUUGGGAUUACCAGCCAUCGGAAGAGGCUUGUUUGGAAUCUUGUAUACAUGAAACUAUACAUAGAUGCGUGGCUGUUCUGUAUAAUAAAUUCUCGAGGCUCUGUCAUCUAUUAGAUAGAACGAAAGAAGAAACAUCAGCUAAUUUUGUGAUGGAUACAAAUUUCGUAUAUUUGGAGAUGAAAAAGGUUUGCAGAACUCGUUGUACAUUGGAGAAAUUUGUUGGUAAAUAUUUGGAGGGUAGCUUCAUUAAAAAGGUAUUCGCGUAUUCCGAUUUGGAAUGUUUAGAAUUUUGCUUUAAAAAUGAAGCUGGUUGUAGAUCAGUACAAAGGAAUAGCAAAACUCACGAAUGCUUUCUUAAUUUAGAAACAAAAGUAACAAAACCUUCAAAAUACAAAUCGUCGAUUUUCUAUACGUAUUGGCAAUUGGAUUGCGGUUGUUUCGACGAGUUUAGACAAAUGUUUCUUCAGGGUUUAAAUAAUAAAGAGAUUUCAGCAACAACACCUGAAUUAUGUAAAUCUGCUUGCUUAACUGCAAAGUUUAGAUGUAAAUCAGCGGAAUUUAAUACCCGUACGAAUCAAUGUUUUCUAUCUAGAGAAACACGAUAUUCCAGACCAAGUAAUUAUAAACAAAAUCCAAAUUACUAUUAUUGGAAUAGAUUACCAAAAUGCGAUCCUAAAUGUUUUAUGGAAGAAUUCAAAGAUUCAUAUUUAGUACUUCAUAAUACUCGCCAUUUAUUUGAAAUGGAAAUAUUAAAAUGUCAAGAAGCUUGCUACUUUGCUAAAACAUUUGUUUGUCGAUCGGUCGAAUAUAACCAUCUUACCAAAGAAUGUUUACUAAGUGUUGAAACUAAAGAUACAAAGCCAAAAGAAUUUAAAAAGUUAACAGGCGUCACUCAUUGGCAAAGAGUAUGCAAUAUUAAAUAUCCAUGCUUUUCAACGGUGUCUAAUAGAUAUAUGGACGAUUUAGGCUACGUCUUUAUUGCUAAAUCUGAAAGUGAUUGUAUUAGGAAUUGUUUCGAUAGAGGCGUUUUAUGUAGAUCGGCAUCUUAUAAUACAAAUAAUAAAGAAUGUCGUCUAUCCAAAAUGACCAAAGAUUCGCAUUCGAACAGCUAUAUGCAAGAUCAAUUCUUUAAUUAUUUCGAAAAGAAUAUCAAUUGUCGUCCGGAUUGCUAUUUUAAACGAUUCGAAAAUUAUUCCUUUACUGGAUCGCAACAACUUUCGAAGAAAACAUCAAAUGAAUUGGAUUGUAUAAAAGCAUGUAUAGAUCUCAAACCAUUAGGUUCUUGUAAAUCGGCAAGAAGAAGUACUAAAACUGGUAUCUGCGUAUUGCACUUGGAAAAUAGAUUAACAAGACCCUCUAAGUUUAAAAAGGUUAAGGGAAUCGUUUACUGGGAACUCACCUGUGGAGAUAAAUGUUUCGAGGAAAAACCAUUUAAAUAUCUUGAUGGAUACGAGAGUAUUAAGAUUCCAAAUUCCAACGAACAAAUAUGCAAGGACGUCUGCCUUCGAUCGCCGGCAACCUGCCUAUCGGUUAGUUAUAAUCAAUUAACAAAAAUUUGUUCGAUAUCCACCGAAAGUUUUGCUACAAAACCGAACGCUCUAAAAUCCGAUACAAAUUGGAUUUAUAUGGAAAGAAAGGAGGUUUGCCAACCGAAAUGUUAUAUGGAUGAACACAAGGGAUACUACUUGAAAGGAUUCAAUACGAAAACAGUUUCAGUUAAGAAUGAAUACGAAUGUAAACAAAUUUGUUUCACCGACAUGGAAAAGAAAUGUUUAUCGGCCGAAUAUCAUAAGACAACCUCAAACUGUUUCUUAAGUAUUGAAAAUCAUCUCACAAAGCCAAAGGCAUAUACCAUGCACAAAGAUUACGUUUAUUGGAAUAAGAAGUGCGGUAAAGACUUUCCAUGCUUUAAUAAGCAUAUUGAUUUUUCAUUGGAGAAUCAUUUCUAUACAAUCUUACACGGUAAAACGGAAGAAACCUGCUCGCAAGCUUGUUUUAUGUCUUAUUGCAGAUCGGCAACCUAUGAUUUUACGAGUGGAGAUUGCUAUUUGAGUAGAACGACGAAAGCCAUGUAUCCAAAGUCGUUUAAAAGAACUCCUAAUUAUGUCUAUCUAGAAAAGAAAGAUAUCUGCAAGCCAAACUGUAAAGUUCUUACCUUCUCGGGAAAAACACUGAUUGGGUACGAUGUAAAACAAGUUAAAGCGACGUCAAAUGCAGAUUGCAUCAGAGCGUGUAUGACUUACAAGGGUAAUUGUAGGUCAGUUGAAAGGAAUAUUAAAACAAAUAUAUGUAAUUUACACGUCGAAACGAAGAGUACAAAGCCAACUUCUUUUAAACCGAAUCUAUUGUAUAUUUAUUGGGAAUUGCAAUGCAAUCUUUGCUUUAUUGAAUUUGAUAAUAGAAAAUCAGUUGUGGAAGUUGCUGAUCAAGUAUUAACUCUGACCUCUGAAGAGUGCAGAUCAAUGUGCUUACAGAAGAAAAAUUGCGGUGCUAUACAGUGGAACAAACAAAAUGGAGAAUGUUACUUUUGGUCGGAGAAUUCGCAUCAAAUUGUUCUCAACAAGGAGUACAGUUUUUGGAGAGUUGAUCCCAGUUGUAAAACUGAUUGCUAUUUGGCAAAGUACGAAAAUAGAUAUCUUAGUGGAUUAAAUACAAAAUCCCUAGUUGCCAACUCCGAUUUAAUGUGCGCCGAAUUAUGCCUUAAUCAUAAAGAAGACUGCAACUCGGCGGAAUACAAUAAGAGGCUUGGAAAAUGUAUAUUAUCUACGCUAACAAAGAAUGUUAAACCAACUGCAUUUACUGUUAGUACAUCAUACACUUAUUGGGAAAAAAGAUGUGGCGAAGACUCUAUAAAAGAAUACCCCUGUUUUACAACAUUUAUGAAUACUUUCUUAACUGGUUUCAAUACUAAAACGCUUUCAAACCAAACUCCAGAGUCUUGUAUCAAUGAAUGCUUAACAGCCGAUUUCCGUUGUCUAUCCGCUGAAUACUCUUUAAGAGAGAAAAAAUGCUAUUUAAGCACUGAAAAUAUGGAUAGUCAACCUGAGAAAAUUUCUUCUAGUUCGUCGUAUAUUUACUUUCAUAGGAAGAUUGAAUGUGCUUCAAAAUGUCUACUUAAAGAGUAUCCAAAGAAAGUGCUUAUUGGCCAUAAUAUAGAUAUUUCGACAGCGAAGUCGAAAUUAGAUUGUAUAGAGAAAUGCUUAACUGAUUCGAGAUGCAAUUCGGUUGAAUACGAUUAUAAAACUAGUACAUGCUAUCUGCAAGCAGAGACUAGAAAGACAAAACCUGUUAAUUUCGAGGAUUCUAAAGUGUAUAGUUAUUGGGAGCUAGUUUGUCAAGAUCCUUGUUAUUUUGAGGAAUACAAGGACAAAACUUUAUGGAAUAACAAUAAGAAACAAAUUCAAUUGACAACACCGCUCAUGUGUAAGUCGGCAUGUUUAGCAGAAAAGACUUUUAAUUGCCGAUCUGCUCAAUAUAAUAGAUACACGAGAAUUUGCUAUCUAUCAGAGGAAAAUUCACAGACUAAACCGAAUAACUUUAUGAACGAUUUAGCUUUCGAUUAUUAUGAGAAGACUUGCGGUAGUGGAUCGAACUAUUGCUUUAAAAAGAGCGAAAAUCUACAAUUGAAUCAUCUAACGAAAUUUUACGAAGGAAUAUCUAUAGAUUUAUGUAUACAACGUUGUCUUACUCUACACAAUAUCCACUGCAGAUCUAUAACAUUCCACAAGCCAUCGAGCACUUGCUAUUUGAGCGAAGAAUCAAAAAUAACGAAAUUCAAUCAAAUCUCAAAUCAUAAGGAAUAUACUUACUAUCACAGAUUAAACGUAUGCAAACCAAAUUGUAAGGUUUUGUACAGAAAGAAUAAAUAUUUAGUUGGUUUCGAUAUCUAUUCGUAUAAGACACCUGAUGAAUCUACUUGCGUAAGACAAUGCUUGAUGAAAGGAACAGAUAAGUGCAGAUCGGUCGAGUGGAAUAAGGAUACAUUUAUUUGCUACCAGCAGAGGGAAACUAAAGAUACUCGACCACAGAAAUUUGUCAACUCGCCAAAAUAUAACUACUAUCAAAUUAAGUGCUAAUAUAGAAUAUACAUUCACAGUAAAUAUAUAUAUAUAUAUAUACACAUACAAAUAUAUAUGUAUAUAUUUCUUAAUAUGUAUGCAA